AUGGCGGGCCUACCAAUGCCUCACCCGGCACCAACUACACACAACCCGCCUAUCCACCCGAAAUCUCUCCACCACCCCCUCCGCAAUGCAACCAGUAACCCUCUCCGCUCCCGAGGAUCCGCAGCAGCAGACCUGCAGCACGCCGCCCAAGCCCAGCGAAAGAUGAUCCUCUCCGCAGCAGGCAUGAUCACCUGCGCGGCCGGACUCUACGGCGUCAUCAAACUCGACCUCUUCGGCCUCAACGAGCUCGAAACCAAAUCCGACAAGAACCCCCCGCCAAAGAGCAGCAGCGGCACUCUGCAAAUGGACGGUCCCGCCGGUUUCCCGAAUGGCGGACCCUCCGUAAUAACCAUCCAAGGCCAAGACGGCCUCGAGCAAGUGCCCACCGGAACAAGCACAAUCCCGCACUUCCCCAGCACAAUCCGCCUCCCAACCCACGAAGCAACAGAAGGCAAGCAAGCAGGCGACGAGCUCGCCCCCUCACAAGGAGAAGAAUACCAACUCCUGGGUCUGGGCAUCCGCACCGUCUCCUUCCUCUCAAUCCAAGUCUACGUCGUCGGCCUCUACGUCGCAAAACCAGACAUAACAACCCUCCAGCAGCGCCUCAUCCGCACAGCAGUCCACCCACCCGCCACAGACGCAACGUCUGCCAUUUCCGGCGCCGGCGCGGAAGCAGCUACCUCGCUCGUCCCGCUCGAGCGAGAGCAGCUCAGGGAGUUGCUCCUGGACGCUGAGCGCGGUGAUGCGGUUUGGUCGGCUGUUCUCAAGGAUGAUGGUGUUCGCACGGCGUUCCGUAUCGUGCCGACGAGGAACACGGAUUUCAUGCAUUUGCGUGAUGGGUGGGUGCGCGGUAUUACUGCGCGCGCGCAGGCGAAGAAGGCUACGGCUACUGGUGCAGCUGGGGAGUUCCAGGAUGAGAGGUUUGGGACCUCAAUGAAUGAUUUUAAGUCUGUCUUUGGUGCUGGGAAGGGGAAGGCGGUGCCGAAGGGUCAGACGCUUGUUUUGAUGCGGGAUUCGCGGGGCGUUUUGGAUGCGCUUUUCCAGCCGGGUGAUGAUAAGCCUGUUAAGUGGAUGGGGCGGGUGGAGGAUGAGAGGAUUAGUCGGCUUGUUUGGUUGAAUUAUCUUGCUGGCAAGAGUGUUGCGAGUGAGGGGGCCCGCACGAGUAUCGUUGAUGGGUUGAUGAGGAUUGUGGAGAGACCGCUGGGUACGGUUGUGCAGAAGGUUAUCUAG